UAAAAACUUUCUCGUGCCCUAAACUCAGACGUUGAUCCUCUUCCUUCCCGAGCCGCACCGCCAAACUCUUCCCUUCCUCCCCUCUUCUCAUCGCUGAUCCCUUUUUCCUCCUCGACGCCAACGCAUGAGGGAGCUGGUAGCCGGCGGCUGAGCACUCCAUCUUCCUCUUCAUCGAGCUGCGCCACCAGCCGCCGUCGCUCGCCACUGCCAUGCCCUAGCCGCCUCCUCGCGAUUGCUGCCCCUACGCGACCACCGCGACCUCGCAACCGUCGAAUCGUGCGAUCGCCGCCUCCGCACGACCGCCACCUCCUCGCGAUCGCUGCCUCCGCGCGACCGUCGCGUCCUCGCGACCGCCGAACCCGUGCGACGUUCAUGUCCGCAGGACCGCGACACCAUCCGGUUAGCGAGCGGUUGCUGCCAUCCCACCGCCACCAUCGUUGCCACGCGCUGCCAGACACCGUGAUCAGAUGUCCUGUAGUCCUCGCGUGCUCGCGUCGAAGUAGCCCUGCUGCCGCUGUGCUCCACCUCCAUGGAGCAUUGCUGUGCCUCCGGUGGUCAGCGCCGCUGAAUGGUCCAACCGCGACGGCGACAAACCCAUUAGUUUCAAGGAGUUCAAGGUCAUGCCCGUGCUUGCGUUACCCUCGCCAUCGAAAUCCACGAUUGUGGAUUGCGAUUUGAUAAGGAUUGUUUGGUUUUGGAGGGUUGUACCAUCACAUUGCUCCGGCCAUCUUGCUCUGACAGUGAAUAUUUACGAUCGGGAGUCGAUGGAGAAGCAAUUUGAUUUGGGUAACUUGUACUAGGGAUUGAUUACAUUAUGUUUAAUAGAUUAUGGAUUAUGUUUGGAUUUAGAAGGAAUCGUGGAUUGAGUUAAACCUAAUUGGGUUAGAGAAUUAGGUUAAUUGUUUCAAUUAAGAUUUUCCUAAUUAGGUUAGGGAUUUUAUUUAGUUAUUUGCUGUAUAUGUAAUUAGCUAAAUGCAUGCAUUAUGUGA